UAGCAGUCAGGCGCGCGCUGUUUCACUCCCUACUGUAUCGAUGAAGUUGCACAAAGAUGGCGGAUUUCCUGCCGUCCCGGUCCUUUCUAUCCGUUUGUUUUCCAAACUGUCUUCUCAACAGCAGCGAGGCGGAACAAUUAAGGAAAUCUAGAAUAAUUGACCGAGAUCUCAUGAAAGACAAACCCUAUGUGAAACGGUUAGUCAAGAUACUUUUGCUCGGCGCCGGGGAGAGCGGCAAGUCCACUUUCCUCAAGCAGAUGCGCAUCAUACACGGGCAAGACUUCGAUCAGCGGGCCAAAGAAGAGUUCAAAACCACCAUUUACAGUAAUGUUAUGAAAGGUGUUCGAGUGCUUGUGGAUGCCAGAGAAAAGCUGCAUAUCCCAUGGGGAGACCCAUCAAACCAGGCACAUGGAGACACCAUGAUGGCUUUUGACACACGGUCAGCCAUAGGGGCACAGGGGAUGGUGGAGACCAGUGUGUUCCUGCAGUACCUGCCAUCGAUCCGUGCCCUCUGGGCUGACGGCGGCAUACAGAACGCAUAUGACCGGCGCAGGGAAUUUCAGCUGGGUGAAUCUGUGAAAUAUUUCUUGGAUAACUUGGACAAACUCGGAACACCGGAGUAUCUACCAUCACAGCAAGACAUCCUGCUGGCACGCAAGCCCACCAAGGGCAUUCACGAGUACGACUUUGAGAUCAAGAAUGUGCCCUUCAAGAUGGUGGAUGUGGGCGGCCAACGGUCGGAGCGCCGCAGGUGGUUCGAGUGCUUUGACAGCGUCACCUCGAUCCUCUUCCUUGUCUCGUCAAGCGAGUUCGACCAGGUGCUGAUGGAGGACCGGCAGACCAACCGUCUCAUGGAGUCGCUUAACAUCUUCGAGACCAUAGUCAACAACCGCGUCUUCAGCAACGUUUCCAUCAUCCUCUUCCUCAACAAGACAGAUUUGCUUGAGGAGAAGGUCAAAACGGUGGCCAUCAAGGACUACUUCCCCGAGUACACAGGGGAGCCGCACAGCCUGGAGGACGUGCAGAAGUUCCUGGUGGAUUGUUUCCGGAACAAGCGGCGAGACCAGCAGCAGAAGCCCCUCUACCACCACUUCACCACCGCCAUUAACACAGAGAACAUUCGCCUGGUCUUCCGUGACGUCAAGGACACCAUCUUGCACGACAACCUCAAACAGCUCAUGCUGCAGUGAUGUCUGUCCGACCGUUUCCUUUCAGACGUCUACCCAAAAUAACCCUCUUCUGCUCAGAUGUUUGUACUCCACACAGUAACCUUUCUGAAUAGCUCUGACGUGCUUUUACGCGAGGAAGACGACGGCCUAGCCUAGCGGUCUGUCACGAGCACGGGACGGCGGGUAGUUAUUCUCUUAAAGAGUGCAUUACACUCACACUUGUCCUGCCAAGAGAAGCUGUACGUGUGUCAUUGAGCGGCACCCCCUCGCCGAAAGGUGCCAGACGCAAUGCGUUCCUCCCUCAAAAAGUGGAAGAAAGCAGGAAGAGAUUCUAGCACUGUCUUUGAUCUGUUACGUUUGAGCCUUUUAUUACUGACCAAAUAGCAAGACGAGAUGCAAAUGCUGUUUUAACCUUUUAACAGGAACCAUGUUCUGAGCCUUUCUGUCGAUACCUGCCUGGCCUUAAUUUCCCCCUCCUCAUUUUGAUUGGUGUUUUUUAACGUCUAGAUGUCUAAUCAAUUGUAAAAUUUUAGAAUCAGUUUUUAUAUAUAGAUAUAUAUAGAUCUAUGAAUAUAUUUACAGAUAAACUUCUUAAGUUAUGUUCCAAAACGUUUACACUCUUGAUUUUCCUCUGCUGAUGGACAACGCUCACAAUUCAUACCACUUGAACUUAAACUGUGGUUAGCCACGCUAGGCGAGCUGAUAGAUACAGUAUGCAUACAGCAUAAACUCAGGGCUGAAUGUAGACCACUUUAACUGUUCGCCUUCAGGAACAUCCACUUAUUGUAGCUCUCCAUCAGUGGCUGGAAAUCACAUUUCCUCGUUGGCCUGCAGACAUCCUCCUCCUCCUCCUCCUCUCUGCCCUAGCUAGAGUCUGGAAGAACUUCUUUAUCCAUCAGGGAACAAAAAAACAGUGUCUUGUUAAUUUAUUUGCUUUGUUUUUAAAUCCACAACCAAACUAUACUGGCUUUUCGGUCCGAUCCCGCUAACAAAAGCGUCUGUAUUCACAAGUGCCACGUGUUUAAGGUACCAAUAAUUCGAACAACUUUCCUCAAAAGGGAUAGAUCUUGCGAUGUGAACCUCGUUCCCUCAACGGUUGUGUAUAGCUACUUUGUAUAGUGCCAUGUCCGCCCUGAAUACUACCGUUGUAGUAAGUAUUUUAUGUAAAUAGUCUGCACCUCACCCUCCUCACUCUUUUCUAACAGAUUUGUAACCUACACUGAAAUGUAUAGCUGUAUUUGCCACAAAUCCACAGAUACUGACUCCCUGCCGGCAGUUCGGCCCAUUCAAGGCUGCUCUUUUAGCGCUUUUGGCUGCUUCAUCUCAGCUUUUGCGCUGAAUGAUGCCUGUAUAUGUCGUCUAUGCAUUCAGAUGGCUGUAGUGCAGUAGAGGACUCUUUGUCUGGUGUCGAAUUCUGCCUUACUCCCCUGGCUUAAGUCCCGGGAGGCUCGUGAAAAGCAAGUAUUACGUCUUCACGCUCCACUGGCCGUGUCCUGUGUCUUCUAGUGCCGUUCACGGCCCCCGAUGCCAGCCAACUGGGCGUUGCGGAGCUUUUGUUGCCGUCUUAGUAUCCGACUUUCACUUAAACUCAACGUGUUCCAAGCACAAGAUUUUGACUGAUUCGAACGAGUUUCGGUGUCAUUUGAGAAUGCUGAAUGACCUAUAGUAUUUUCUGCCUGGCUUUAGCAUGCCGAGUCUUAAAACGUUGUAUUAUCUGCCUUUGAACUUAAUAAAGCAAGUGUUGCGCACUUGCCAAAACCCAGAGGAACGACUUGAGGACGUUUAUGAGUCCCACGACUUCCUGCUUGCGAGAGUCCUGAGGGUGAACCCAAGUGCUUUUGCAAAUGAUGUCACUGUUUAGCGUAGCUUUGACAGGUGGAGGACAAAAGCUGUCACCCACCGACACGCACAGCGCCUCUAUCGGAGCGCAUCGGUUUCUGUCGUCUCCUAACGGUUGACACGUUUAAAGGAAGGGCGACGCUGCAGAUAGAUACACUACUUUAGCUGUAUUCCUCCUCCGUACACUGUGACGUGUGAGAGAGAGAAACGUUUUCUCUGCUCUUCCUGUAAGAAUCGUCUUUCUCACUGUAGCUUUUCUCCUUAACGUGAUUCUGAUCAGAUGUGGCUGAUUUGCCCUUUUCAGUUUUGCCCAGAUAAUCAAGUUUGAUUAUAAUUAUGCAAGAUGCAUGCCUGCCACGAAGGAUUCUUAGUGCCUCCAGUUUGAUGCCUCAGACAUUUCUUGUACUUAGGUUUUUUGAAUUUUGAUUAAUGUGGAUGCUUAUGAGUCCUCAUCGAAAUAAUUCUUUCUAAAGAUUAAGACUGUUGUGCUCCGUACUGAAUAUAGACCUGCUUCUCAUUGUACAGUCUAACCUAUGCUUCCUCAUUCUUCAUCAUUGACUCAAUAAAAUCAUUUUGCAAAAACUGUCA